ACUUCCGGCCGCCAAAGGUGACAGCGUAUUUUUCGCGGUAAAAUGAAACGAGCAUCCGUCGUUGUUCAGAUUUCCUCCUCCUUCUGACAUCCCACGGCUAUCCUGGAGAUACCUGCCGUGUCCAGACAGACGCUUUGUUAUUUUUUCGUGAUGUCUGUCGGUGGGUUUGUCAUGAAGUGAGCGCGAAGCUAACGUUAGCCGCUAAAGUCUCCUCACAGGACAGGACCGUCUGCAGCUCCCAGCCGGUAGGAAGACUGAAACAAUGGCAGCAGUGACUUCGGAGAUCCUGAAGUCAGAGCUCGACAUGUUCGGCAUAGCUUGCACGGACGACUCUGUCCUCGACAAGAUGGUGGAGCAGUGUAUUUGCAGCAGGAUACAGGCUGAUGAGAUGUUGCUGGAGUGGGUGGCCUACAGCAACACCAAGGGCCUGAAGCUCACCAUGGAAAACCUCGAGCAGUUUGAACACGAGGUUCUAAACAAAAGGAGCAAAUCCAAACAAAGCAUCAGAAAAGACGACAGUCACAGAAUCAUGGAUGUCAACAGUUUUAAAGAAAUAAUCAAAGCUGAGGAAGAAGAAGAAAAUCUGUUAGACUCCUACUCAACUCCUGCAAAGGGCUCUCAGAAACGAGCGCUGACCACCCCGGAGCAUCCUCAGUCUAAGAGGAGUGCCGCUCUGCUGUCCAGCCCGGGCCUGCUGCUCUCUCCAGCCAGCUUCUCUCCCAGCGUGACCCCCUCGCAGAAAUACAGCCAGCGCGGGGGCAAAGGAGAGGUGGUGGUCACGUUUGGAGCCGUGCAGGGCACCCGCUGGAUGGGCCGGAAGAGCGCGAGCGCGGACGUUCAGGUGGAGCUCCUGGAGGCUCCCGAAGACUCGCUCCGCAGCAGCUACAAGUACAUGUUCCAGAGGCUGAGAGACGUUCGCAAUGUGUUGACAGAAAAGAUCGAGGAGCUGGGAGAAAACCUGCGGUCUCACUUCAGCAUUGAGGAGUUCUCGCCGGUCUCCCUCCCUGCUCAGGACAGCAUCACUGUGCUGGGCCAGGUUUGCUGUGACAGCAAUGGGAAGCUGAACGCUCAGUCCGUCCUGCUGGAGGCGGGACCAGAACAGGGCGGCCAGCAGGUUCCCGUGGACCUGUCGGAGCUCAAGGAGUACUCGCUGUUUCCCGGUCAGGUGGUGGUGAUGGAGGGGAUGAACGCAACAGGGAGGAAACUGGUGGCCUCCAAACUUUAUGAGGGCGUUCCUCUGCCUUUCCACACGCCGGAUGUAAAAAUAGAGGCAGACGAAGAGCCAUUAAACAUUCUGGUGGCUUGUGGACCCUACACUCCCUCCGAUAGCCUGACCUUUGACCCUCUGCUGGACCUCAUCGGCGUCAUUGUCAGGGAUCGUCCUGACGUGUGCCUGCUGCUCGGCCCGUUUGUGGAUUCCAAACAUGAACAAGUGGAGAAAGCACAGCUGACCGAGACGUUUGAGGCGAUUUUCUCAAGAUGCAUUGAGAGCAUUGUGGACGGCACCCGGAGUGUCGGCUGCCACCUCGUGUUUGUGCCGUCCCAGAGAGACGUCCAUCACCAUUUCAUCUACCCACAGCCGCCCUUCACCCUCCCCAACCUCAGCAAGGACCAGGCCCAGCGCGUCACGCUGGUCCCAGACCCCUGCACCCUGCUCAUCGACGGCGUGACCUUCGGCCUGACGUCCACAGACAUCCUGUUCCACAUGGGCGCCGAGGAGAUCAGCUGCGGCACCGGAUCAGACAGAUUCUCCCGCAUCCUGAAGCACAUGUUGACCCAGAGGAGCUACUACCCGCUCUAUCCCCCGGUGGAGGAGGUCAACAUGGAUUACGAGAAGUUUCAGAGUUUCGGCCAGAUGCCGCUCACGCCCGACGUUCUCAUCGUGCCGUCUGAACUGCGCUACUUCGCUAAGGAUGUCGUCGGGUGUGUGUGCGUGAAUCCCGGCCGGCUGACCAAAGGUCAGGUGGGCGGGACCUACAGCCGGCUGCUGAUCCGGCGCGGCGCCGCGUCGGAGGACGGGAAGAGAGCGAGCCCCUGCCUGGCUGCUCAGGUGGUGAAAAUAUAACGACAGUAAAGACUCACGCCGAGUUUUCACACAAAGAACCAGAAAAUAUUAACUUGAAGUCAUUUUGGAUCAUUUUUCUGUGUGUCGGUCUGUGACUGUUCAGAUCAGUGAAUUGUCACCUUGUGUACAGUUUGUUCAUUUUUCUACUAUAUUUGUUAAUCCAGCUUGAGGGUGAAUAAAAGAUUUUCUCUGC